AUGGGCGAGCAGCAAGCAGCGAGCGUCACCAAGCCAAAGGCGAUUGAGCGGCCGGCAGCCAAUGGCCAGCGGCACAGGGGCUGGCCGUCCGAGGUGCUGGGUGGAGCAGCUGGCCGGCCUCGAACACACUCACAUGCAUCCCAAGAGCACAGGGUGGGCACUUGCUUAUGCAAUUCCACCGAGCCCAGAACGGCGUGCCGAGCGCUUGGGCGUGUCCGACUGACGAUUGCAAUUGCACACGCUGUGCGUGGUGAGGAGGCCGACGCCGAGGCGGUAGCUGUACCUGUAGGGUUGAUGACGCCUAUCCAUGCCCAUCUGCAUCCCAGCCCGCUUUCGCCGCCGACGUUGUCACCGCCACCGUGGUGUUCGGGCUUGGGGAUCGAUGUGCAAAGCAAAGAAGAGAAGCGCCAGGACACACAGGCUCCUGCUGCGUGCCGCAACCACGGCCUUCGGCUCAUGUCUGUUGCUCCUGCUCCUGCUCCUGCUGAUGCAGCCGCCAAUAUGGCCCCCCCCUACCCUAAUUUUGGACGCAUAUUAAACAAUGAGGCACUCGAGCACAGUCGCAAUGCCACGCGCUCGUCUGGCGGCGGCUGUUCGCUGCUUGGAUUGCUGGCCCUCUCUCCUCAGGCCUCUCCAGGCGCAGCGGCCCAGUCAGCCCGCUACUGCAGGCGUGCCGAAAAGAGGGCGGAAGGCCGGAUUGCACGAGGAGAGGCGGGCGAUACGUGGCUCGCUGUGGUCGCAGGCGCAGACGGCGGUCCCUGGCGGCGUUCAUUGGCUUGGGGGGUCUUGGAGGUGCAUUCGCUCGUUCCAAUGCGUGCACAACCACUGCAGCGCUCCUGCGUCAGGAGUCAUGAGCGGCGCACCCUUCGGAUGGAGACGGGCGUCCUCCUACGUGCAAGGCCCCUUCGCGGUUGCCAGGCCUCGCUAACUGCCCUCGACACACCACCCACCCAUCACCGCUUUCUGCCCUGUCCUGCCCCGUCCCAUCUCCCCCCAUCUCCCCCUCCCCUCCACCAUCCCUCCCUCUCUCCCUCGUCCUCCUCGUCCUCGUCACCCUCCUCGUCCUCGACCACCCCCUCCCAUCUCCUCACGUCUCGUCUUCGCAGGCGUUGCUCGUUGCAACACAGUGACCCCAGCCAAGCGGACGUGCGCAUCAAAUCUCGGCUGUCACGGCACCCCCAAGCCGCUCAGCAACUUGACCCGACGCUUGCUCUGUCUCCAGGCCUAGCCCACCCGCAAACCAUCAGUGUACUGCCACUCUUGGCUCGACUCGUCUGUCUGGCCCAGACAAGACAAAUCCCGGCUGCAGUCUCUGACAUCAAGCGCCUCGCCGCCUGCCUAUUCCUCUCCCUCACACGCACACCCAGUGUGCAAUCUUCGCCUCUGGUUUUGGCUUGCGCUGCGUAA